UCCCGCCGCAUGCGUGCAUCUCUCUACCGGAGUCUCCAGCUUCAGUCCGAUCAUUUGUUGCUGCUCAGCCAUAAACCCUGUACUGUUUUCUUUUUUCCUCCUCUUCUUGUCUCGACGCAUUUGCUUUUCCAUUACGGAUUUUUCUUUUUUCUUUGUCGCUGUGAGAGUGAAUGGAGUAGAAAUGCAGUGGUGACAGAUGCGAAGAAGCAGAUAGCAUUAUUUUUUCCAUGCAUACAUCCUGAGCACACUUUUAUCAGGGUGGUCUUCUGCAUAUGGACCACUGGCACACUGCGUUCUGGCACCGCGGAGUGCAUCUCUAACAGCAUGCGAGCGCUUGGCUGACUACAUCUGAACCGAUGCCUGAGACUGACUGAGUGGUGAACUUGUUGCUGCAGAGCGCAGAACAAUAUUUGGGAGACUUUUCAGAAUUUUGGUUCGUUCUUUUUUUUUUAGUUCCAGGAAAACUGCAGAGUCAGUCGAGGAGUACAGUUAAUGUCAAGUCCAUACAGUGUUACUAUUUUUAAGAACGACCGUGUUUUUAUGUAGGUAAGACUGUUUUCUGUUUUGAAAAGCCCCAGAUAAAGUGCAAAUGCCGGCAACGUACUGAGCUGUACACUGAAAAAGUGAAAGGAAUUCGCUUUACGCACAGACACGAUUUCAAACUGAUCGAUUUCUCUCCUUCAGUCUGUCAUAUAGCACGUUUAGCUGUAUAAUUUUCCAGGCGUUUAUUUUUUGCGUCUUUUCCACAGAUGUCCAUUUACUUUUUCUUGGAUCUCUGAACAGGAAACUAAGCGCCGAAUCGACCGGACAAGCUUGGACGAGCUUGCGCUACAGCUUGCGAGGUCAGCAUGGCGGCCGGCGUUGCAGCCUGGUUACCCUUCGCCCGUGCCGCGGCUAUAGGGUGGAUGCCGGUGGCGAGUGCUCCUAUGCCAGCUCCACCACGGGAGAAAAGACGCGCGCAGGACGGCCUAAUCAUCCUAAACGUGAGUGGCAGUAAGUUUCAGACGUGGCGGAACACGUUGGAGCGGUACCCGGACACGCUGCUGGGCAGCACGGAGCGCGACUUCUUUUACCACGAGGAGACUAACGAGUACUUCUUCGACCGCGACCCGGACAUCUUCCGACAUAUUUUGAAUUUCUAUCGCACCGGGAAGCUGCACUACCCGCGCCACGAGUGCAUCUCUGCGUACGACGAGGAGCUAGCGUUCUUCGGGAUCAUCCCCGAGAUUAUUGGAGACUGCUGCUAUGAAGAAUAUAAAGACCGACGGAGAGAGAACGCUGAGCGUAUUCAAGACGACGAGGACAGCGAUAACAACAAAGACCUCGUGCCGCCGGACAUGACGUUCCGUGAAUCCAUGUGGCGCGCUUUUGAGAACCCGCACACCAGCACCAUGGCCUUGGUGUUCUAUUACGUGACGGGUUUCUUCAUCGCUGUGUCGGUCAUGGCCAACGUGGUGGAGACGGUGCCUUGUGGCAUGACGCCGAACCGCGCCAAGGAAUUAUCCUGUGGUGAGCGUUACGCGCUCGCCUUCUUCUGCCUGGACACGGCCUGCGUCAUGAUCUUCACCGUCGAGUACCUGUUGCGCCUGAUCGCUGCACCCAGCAGGUAUAAGUUUGUCAAAAGCGUAAUGAGCAUCAUCGACGUUGUGGCCAUCAUGCCUUACUACAUCGGCCUGGUCAUGACAGACAACGAGGAUGUGAGCGGCGCCUUCGUCACCCUCAGGGUCUUCCGAGUUUUUCGGAUUUUCAAGUUCUCACGCCACUCUGCCGGCCUGCGCAUUUUGGGCUACACGCUGAAGAGUUGUGCUUCCGAGCUGGGAUUCCUUCUCUUCUCCCUCACCAUGGCCAUCAUCAUCUUCGCCACCGUUAUGUUCUACGCCGAGAAAGGAUCGAACUCGAGCAAGUUCACCAGCAUCCCUGCGGCCUUCUGGUACACCAUCGUCACCAUGACCACUCUGGGGUAUGGAGACAUGGUGCCGAAGACAAUAAUGGGCAAGAUAUUUGGGUCCAUCUGCUCCCUCAGUGGUGUGUUAGUGAUCGCUUUGCCUGUGCCUGUCAUCGUCUCAAACUUCAGUCGCAUCUACCAUCAGAGUCAGCGUGCAGAGAAACGCCGUGCUCAAAAGAAAACCAGGCUUGCUAGAAUUCGUGCCACGAAGAGCUGGGGUGCUAACGCUUAUUUGCAGUACAAACGCAAUGGGCUGCUGGUCGACAGGCUGGCAUCAAAGGAGGCCGGGAAGGCGCUUGUUUGCAAAACUAAUCCUACGUUUGAGACUCAGCAUCACCAUCUCCUACACUGUCUGGAAAAGACUACGAAUCACGAGUUUGUAGAUGAGAAUACGUACGAGACAAGUUGCAUGGAAGUGUCCAUGGUGAAGCCGUCCACCUCGCGCUCCUCCUCCCUGUCGUCCUCUCCUCAUGGUCUGACCUGUUGUUCCCGCCGCAACAAGCGCAAAAGCUUCAACGUGCCCAACUCCAACAUGACUGGAUGCCGCCGGGACAGCGUGCAGGAGCUCAGCACCAUCCAGAUUAGAGAGAGGCCAAUCAGCAACAGCCGUUCCAGUCUGAAUGCCAAGUUCGAUGAGAGGGUGGCGUUGAACUCGGACCAGAUGCCCUACAUCACGGCGGCGGUCAUCAGCAUGCCGACUCCGCCAGUUACCACACCAGAGGGCGGAGACUCGGCCAGUUCGCCCGAUUUCUUGCAGAGCAACAUUGUCCGCAUAUCAGCUCUAUAGACCUACAUUAAGAGGAAUCAACCUGGUGUUUAUUAUUUUUCCCUCUUUCAUUCAGCGAACGGACGCUGGAGGAGCAGGGGAUUGAAAGGGUGAGAGAAAGAGAGAGUGAGAGAGUGAGAGAGAGCACCCUCUCUCAUAGGAGGACCAAUGAGAUGAGACUAAUGAGAACGAAGUCAUGAUCAGAAACCUUUAUUUUAGCUCUUCUUCUUUGUGCUUGGACACUAGAGCCGCCUGGGCCCACAAUGCCGGGUACUAGGGCUUUCCAGUCUUUUCCCAACAGAUUUAUGAGGGACCAUAAACAAUGACCAUAAUUCCCAUGCUUGUUACAAUUUUUUGGAGUAUUGUGUGUCUUUAUAUUUCUAGUCUUAAACUUGCUAGUGCAGAGAAUGAGGUGGAUGCAACAUAAAUUCAGUGCAUAUUGGGGGAGGUUUUUUUGGGUGUUCAUUAGCUAUUGGGUGUCUUUCUAGGGUCUUAGUUUUACUCUAGGAUAUUUACCGUGCUUUUAGAGCGAUCUACUAGAACAGAGCUCCUUUUGAUAUUUGACACUACAUGAAAAAUUGAGGUUUUUAAGGUUGUGUGGAUGUGUGUUCAAUCGUGUGAGUGUGAGUGCGUUUAAGGCUAACCUUUUUUGCAUGUUCUGCAUUUGUGAGUCUGUGUCCUUUCAAGUUUGGCAUGAGCAAUAAGGGGUUUUUUUUCCCUCUGAUGUGCGUGUAUUUUAUUUCUUAACACUUCUUCUUUCCUCUUUAUCUCUUUACUUUAAACAUCUUUUAAAAUUCCUCUCUCGAGACCUGGUUUUAAAGUGUUUAACUGAUCGCUGAUCAUGUAUUCCAAAAAAAAAAUAAAUAAAUAAAUAAAAUAAAUAACCAUUUAAAAAAAAAUCAGGGAACAGCAGUGUGGCUCAUACAGUAAGAGAAUCACUGGACAGUUUAAUGCUUCUUUGAAGCCACACGUGACAUUCCCUCGUCCCUUUUAUAGGAAUUUUUUUUCCUUCUUACCGUCGAGUUCUGAAUGUACUGUGAAUGUUUUUUUCUUUCAGUGUCCCAGUGCAUGAUGUUCUAAAAAAUAUGGGAUAUGGACCAACAAGGCGACUGUCCCCUGAUGUGUCUUUUAUGUUGGAUUGUCUUUUGUCCUUUUGUUGCUCUCAGUGUACGUCUGAAUGAAGCAUCCGUGCAGCGAAUUCAACCUCCAUCCAAAACCCAGUGCUAAUUAAACAAGGACUUAGCCAUAACAUGAGCCCUGAAAAAAAGACACGUUGUGACAAAUUCGUGCCCAAUAAUAGGACAGCGUUCUACAUCGUGGGCUUCUCACCAGAUUAUUUUAUCAGCGCUAUAAUCAUUAGAAGCACUCCUACACGCUGUCGAAUAUCAAAGGGAAUGUACGAAUAAAGGCUGCUCUGAGUCAGAGAAAUGUAUUAGUCAUGUCUCCACGCACCGUCUCGAAUUAGCAAGCCAUUUGCAUAUAAUAUGGAGAGAUUAUUUUAUUCACGUUUAUGCACUUUUUCUCUAAGAGCGUGUAAAGGAGUCAUUAAAAAUAGCCUAAUCCAUACAAACACACACCAUCAUCAGCACUUACUCACUUCCAUUACUGCUUGACCAUGUGACUUAUGCAACAAGGUUCUUUUUUUUGUAAAGACACUUUGUAUUAAAUCAGAUAUGGACUCGGGGGAGGGGGGAGGGUUGGUAGAAUC